UUUAAUUCUGAAACGUAAAAAUGGAAAUUUUGAAUCAAGUGAAUAAUACGAAUGACAAGCUUACAGUUUUAGUUAAAGAAGCAGAGGAACUAAAGUUGAAGUUGCAAGAGGAGAGAGAAAAACUUAAUGAUACUACAUUAUGUUCUUUAGCAGAAAGGCUAGAGAUGAUUUCCUAUUUGAAUAUAAAGCCUAGAAGAGUCCUAAAAGGUCAUCAAGCAAAAGUUCUAUGCACUAACUGGUCUCCAGAUAAGCGCCACAUUGUUUCUUCAUCGCAGGAUGGCAAACUAAUUAUUUGGGAUGCUUUUACGACUAAUAAAGAACAAGCUGUUACUAUGCCCACAACUUGGAUUAUGUCUUGUGCUUACGGGCCGUCUGGAAAUAUUGUUGCUUGUGGUGGUCUAGAUAACAAAGUUACUGUGUAUCCAAUAUCCGUCGAAGAAGACAUGUCAUCAAGGAAGAAAACAGUCGGAACUCAUACCAGUUAUAUGUCUUGUUGCACAUUUCCACGUUCAGAUCAACAAAUACUUACUGGAAGUGGAGACUCUACCUGUGCAUUGUGGGAUGUUGAAUCUGGCCAAUUAUUACAAAGUUUUCAUGGACACACUGGAGAUGUCAUGUCCAUUGAUUUAUCUCCUAAUGAAACAGGAAACACGUUUGUAUCUGGAAGUUGUGACAAAAUGGCAUUUAUUUGGGACAUGAGAUCUGGUCAUGUGGUCCAAUCAUUUGAAGGUCAUAUUUCUGACAUUAAUUCUGUAAAAUUUCACCCAAGUGGAGAUGCCAUUUCAACAGGAUCAGAUGACAGUACUUGUCGUCUUUUUGAUAUGCGUGCCGAUAAAGAAGUUGCUGUGUUCACGAAAGAUAGCAUUAUAUUUGGGGUAAAUUCAAUUGAUUUUAGCAUCAGUGGUAGAUUACUCUUUGCAGGAUAUAACGAUUAUACUGUAAAUGUCUGGGAUACAUUGAAGUCUCAAAGGGUUUGUUUAUUGUACGGACAUGAAAAUAAAGUGUCAUGUUUAGAAAUUUCUCCAGAUGGUACCUGUUUGUCUACAGGUAGUUGGGAUUACACUCUAAGAAUAUGGGCAUAAUUUUCUCAAUAAUCUUUAUCAAAAACGUUUGUGUAAUCAUCACGUUUCGUAGAAUGAAUAUGCUUUAUUCAUUUAAUUUUUUUUUUUUCAAAUAAUCCAACUUAUAUUUAUUUCAUACCAGGUAGUUCAUUGUAAACAUGUGAGUUAUAAUAAUUAAUAAAUAGUAAA